AUGUCUCCUACAAGCACUUUAAGUAACUCUAGUUACUACAACAACAACAACAACAACAACAACAACAACACAUACUUGCAUCCACUUGAAACUGCUACUGGUACCUUCAUUGAAAGAAGAAAUAGCUGUAGAAGAUUGAGCAUAUCAUCGGAUUUAAGCGAUCAAGAACCAAUUGAGCCUACAAGAAGGGCCAACAGCAAUGCCAGCCAUUGGAACCAGCUCAUUUCACAAUUUGAUUCACAACCUGAUAUGGUGCAAUUAAUACAGCUUUGUAAAGCUGAAGAAGACAGACGUCGCCAAGAGGAAUCCAAGAUGAAAAUGAAGGAGUAUCAAGUGUUGCGUCAAUUACAACAUUUGCAAGAAAGACAAUCUCUUGAUAUCAAAAAGUCUCAAAAGGAAUUGGACCUCCAUUUGCCUCCUUUAUCUCACAAAUAG